AAUAUAUUAAAAUUAAUUAAGCAUUAUAUUCAUUUUGUUAAUGAGAUAAUAAAAGAAGCGCAUGCGCGAACUCCUUAACAACAGAAUCGUUAUUCAUCCGUCUUGAAUUCAGCGGCAUCAAUUCCACACAAAAAAACAUUCAUAGUUUUAGCUAGGUCCUGAGUGAUGAGGGCAGGGUUUAGUACUCAAGUUAAGGAAUAGAUAUUUAACCUUAUACUUUCCAAACAUUAUUUAUGUUACAAUAAUCAUAUUUAAAAGAAAAGAAUGGCAAUGAAUAUGCAUAUGGAGGCGCGCCGCCGCCAAAUGUUCAUGGAGAGGGUUUGUGAAGCAAGAAGACGAAUGGCUCUUGCCCAACAACAAGACAAUCAGGUGAAACAUAAGUAUAAGUUUAUACUAUAAGAGACAGUGAACUGAAAAUAUUUUUUUUUUAAAGAUUAGAAUAUUAAUUAUUUAUGACUUGUACUUGUGACAAAAAUAUAGAACGCUGCUCGCAACCCACGCCCACAGACACAGAGAUGACAAAUUAUAUGGGCAAUUAUUUUUUUAUUAUGAAUUAUUAUUAUGGCUCUUUCAUUUAUCAUUUAACCCCUUUUUUUUAUAAAGUAAAAAGGCUUAAAAAUUACUUCUAUAAAUAAAUACUGUGAGUGGGAAUACAAUUUAUGCAUUGGCUACAUUUAAAGUGGAUAUUAUUAACAAAGUAAAGGAUUAUCAAACUGCGUUAACUUUACCACAGUCAACAGCUGUAAUCUGGACCUUAUUUUAAAAAGCAGCUGACAUCAGUGAUGAGCUUUGUAAAUAUAUUUUGUUUAAAGUCUUGUAAUAACUAAUGAAACUACAUGAAUUUCCUUGUCUAGGACAAAUGUUAGGGAGAAUGCUUGUCCUUAUCCUUAUGAGUAUAAGCCUUAUGGUUUGGAUAUUCAAUCUCAAGCCUUAACGAUGUUUUGCCUCUUUUUAUUUGUUUUAUGCAAGAUGUUUUAUAAUUAGUUUAUUAUAUUUCUCUAUAUUCAGUUGUUAAAGUUAUAAUUUAGUAAUCCAGCGUAAAAAUAUACAAUUAUUACUAUUUAUUAUUGUAUAGGCAUAUUAAUUUAUAAAUACAUUAACAUUGGGCCUUGGGUUCUUAGCCCUUUUGCUGUGCGCCAACCUGUUAGGAUUUCAAAAUAUUUCCCAGACCCUCAUCUUGAAUUCAAACAUAUUUCUCACACCCCAUGAAUUAUAAUAUGCUUUUUAAACAAUGAAAAUAACCUGAUUUUUUUCAUGCAUCCCCAGAGGGUACUGGCACUUCUGGUUAAAAAUCCUGGCAUUGCUUUAGGCCUGUUCUGUGCAGAGUAUUAAUGUUUUAACUAUUAACCUUAACAAGAUUGCCAGCCUUUAAACAAUGUGCCCUGCCUAUAUGGAUCCAAAACAGAACAUAUGACUUCCUGGCUAUCAUAUGAAAAAUGUUUAAAUUUUGCCAUUCAUAAUAUAUGUUUAUCUCUUACUCUUAAAAUUGUUAAAAAUCAUUUUCCAUUGCAUAAUAAUCUGAUUUUGUCUUAUUGCUCUUUUUAAAAUUAAUUUAUCUUAUUAAAUUUAUGAAAAUGUACAUUCUAGGGAGGAACUUCAAGCAGCUUUUCUUCACAAUCCGACCCUAUGGUUUGCCAGGAACAAAGAAUGUCUAAUCAGACUAGGUGAUUACAGAUUUCUAAUAAUAGUAUUAAUAGUGAUAUAAACAAUACUUUAUUUAUCUAAAAUAUACAUUUGAUUUUCCACAGAAGUUAUAUAAAUAGUAAACAUUUUUUUGUAAUGAAAAUAACAUAUUUAUCAAGCAGUUGAUGGAGAAAAUGAAAGUUAAUGUCAUUUUCAGAUUAAGUUAAACUAUGGUAAUUAAUAAAUAUGAUUUGUGUGUUUUAAAAUACGGUAACUCUGCAAAUAUUUCAUAAUUCAUUAGGGCAUGCAUGACUUCAAGGUGAGAAGAUGUUAAAAUUUUUUGGGGUUUGAGAUUUUUAAUAUUACUGAUACUUUCCAUAAUGGUGUUUCUUUUCUGAAAUCAUUUUUGUUUUGUAAUUUUUGUUAGCUUUGAGUUACUGCUAUUUAUGUUUUUUUUUUUUUGUAUUUGGAAAGUUUCAGUUUGUAGAAAGACUCAACAAUUGUGGGUUUUUGAGAAGGUGGCUUAUGAUCAAAAUUUGAAAUUUUACUCAGCUAUAAAUUAGUAACGUACAAAAAAUUAUUUAGCUUUACUUGCUGCAUAUAUAAUUGUCAAAACCAUUUAAACAUUUGAUAAUUUUGUAGCUGCUAUAAAAUUUCUGUUUAGUGUGAUGUAGUUAAAAGGUAUGAACAGUCUUGGUAUUCCGGUUCCGUUCUUUAAGUUUAAGUAGAGGUGAAAGUUGAAAAAAGCUUGGUCUUCAACACUCAAAUGUAGUGAAAUGUGAUUUACAGUUUGUUAUGACGACUCAUUUGCAUUAACAUUCCAAAUAAAGUUGAGAGGUUAACCGGACCGCCCCCCUACUGAACAUGUUACAUUAAUAGUAGUGAGUGAGAAAAAAAAAAGCUGUCACAUAGCAAGCGUCAUCGUGGCGGUUGAACUCAGGUAAAAAGGUUGAAUCGUUUCUUUAGUGGGAGGCGACUAUUAUAUUAAUCAAUAAAGAACCACUGGGUGUGGUGUAAGGCUGCCUGUAAGCCUAUUGUUUAAAGGUUGGCAGGUAGGGUUUUGGAAUGUUGUUAGGUUGUUUAAAGACCGGCAGGUAGGGUGUAGGACUGUCUGUAAUCAUAUUUUUUAAAGGUCUGCAGGUAGGCUGUAGGGCUGUCUGUGGGCCUAUUUCUCAAAAUAGCCGGACCUGUUGUGACAAAAUUUUACCCGGUUAAGCUAUACUUAUAUAAGUAUAAUAAUAUAAAAAUAUAAUAAUAUAAGUAUAAUAAUAUAAUAAUUAUAAUAUAUAUAUGGAUAUAAAAGAUGAGCUACAGUGACAUACCGCCAAAGAGCCUAUACGAUUUAAGUACAUUCGGAUUCCUAAAAACAAUCAUAGUUAUUUUCUAUUAUUUUACGGAAAUCGAAUAAAUUUAAAUGCAUAAAAAAUAUUUUAAAUCCACUUUAAUUUGAUUAAAAGUUAAGUUAUAUUAUUAUAAAUUACAAAUACAUUUAAAGUAUCAACUGAGGAACUAUUUUAAGCAUUUUAUAUGUGUUUGAACGUUAUGAAAAAGUAAAAAAAUCAUGAUCAAAGAAUUACACCGUAAUCACAUUUAUCGGGAAAACCCAAGUAUCAGUCGUUUUUAGUGCGUUGUUAUUAUUGCGAAAUAAAAUUAAAACUAAUUUGUUCUAAGUUAUCAGCAAAUGAAGUCAUAGUGCAAAUAGCCUGUUUCGCCAAAACUCUUAGGUUUCUUUAAAUUUAAUAACCGCGCGUGACAAAACUGAUAAUGUAUUUUCCCUUCUUAAAAGUAAAAUUAAUAAAUACAAUUGAUUGCUUUUUAAAUUGUUAAUAAAACACACACACAUUUUUACUUUGUAUAUUUAUAUUUUGUACAUUUAAAAAGUUUUGCGUUUUUUUUUAAUUCCAAAAAUAUACUUUAAUUAAAUUUAUAACGUAAUAAAAUUUAACCUUUAAAUAUAAUCCUAAUAAGAAAAUGCGGUUUAAGUCCAUAAGUGCAGCGCAACUCCAUAGCUAAAUAGCAUUUGCUAAUCCACUUAUACCUCAUUAAAAUAAGAAAGAACCAUAUGAAGUGCAAAAUAUGUUAGUUUGGGUAUGGAACGGACUACAAUCCGGUGAAAGAUUUUAUAAAUUUAUUUAAAUCUGGGUGGAGGAGAGGUUGGUCACUUUGCCCCAUGCAGUACAAGAUACGUCUCAAAAUAAAGGAAUGAAUUUGAUAAAUAAUUUAACCUUUUUGGGUACAUUCAUAUCGGAGGUAGGAAAUAGGAUGUGUACAUUUUUACAUGUAUGACAAUAUAUUUAAAUCCUAUGGUAUUACAUUUUUGAAAAAAGAGAUGCUACAUUCUCUUUUUACAAAUAUGGGUAUGUUCAAUUUGUCCAAGGCAGCACAAGAUACGUCUCAAAAUAAAGUAAUGAUUUUGAUAAAUAAUUAACCUUCUUGGGUACAUACAAAUCGGAGGUAGGAAAUAGGAUGUGUAAAUUUUUACUUGGAUAACAAUAAUAAUAUAUUAAAUCCUAUGGUAUUACAUUUGUGAAAAAAGAGGUGUUGCAUUCUAUUUUUAAAAAUAUUUGUACGUUCAUUUUGCACAAGGCAGCACAUGAUAAAUGAAUGAAUUUGAUAAUUAAUUAAUUUUCUUGGGUAAAUACAUGCCGGAGGUAAAAAUAAGAUGUGUAAUUUCUUACGUUGAUGACAACAGAGUUAACUCCUAUGGUAUUACAUUUGUGAAAAAAGAGAUGCUACAUUCUCUUUUUACAAAUAUGGGUAUGUUCAUUUUGCCCAAGGCAAUACAAGAUAUGUCCCAAAAUAAAGGAAUUAAUUUGAUUUAUAAUUAACCUUCUUGGGUACAUACAUAUUGGAGAUAGGAAAAAGGAUUUGUACAUUUUUAAGUGAAUGACAAAUAUUUAAAUCCUAUGGUAUUACAUUUGUGAAAAAAGAGAUGUUAAAUUCUCUUUUUACAAAUAACAUAUGUUUACCAAUUAAGAAAAUCAAUGGCGUUAACAAAUCUGGGAUAAAUUUAUGUAAGUAUAUCCAUAAAUAUCAAAAACCAAUCAUUUAACAUACUUGAAAAUCAAAUUUUGACAAAUGAAGAUGGGUUAAUAUUUUCUUUUUUUUUUUUUAAUGAAAAUAUAUUUUUGUAGUUACUUUGCAAAGCGUAAAGAGCUGUUAUUUUUAUGAGACUAACAAUUUAAUUUUUUUUAAAGACAAUCAAAUCUUUUAUAGGCGUGAAAAAAAGUUGCGAGAUUCUUCUUAUUUAAAAUAAUUCUUUGUUUUACGAUUUUCUGAUAAUGUAUAAUUUUUUUAAAAAUGCAAAAAUAUGUUUAAAUUUUUGAUGAAAAUAUCAAUUUGUAUCAAAUUCCUGUAAUACAAAAAUAUAUCUAUAUCAUUUAUAGAGUUUUUGUUUUAAAUUUAAGAUUAGGUUUUUUAAAAAUUUUGAGAGAAAAAAGUUGUAAUUCAAGGGCACGAAAAGGGGUAAAUCUAAAGUAUUUCUCUUGCGUAGAAAUUGUCCCUCAAUUAACUUCUUUGGUGACAAAAGUGAUAUAAUUAGUGAUAAUUUAGACUGGGUAAUUUAAGGUCAUGUUAAGAGGGGGGAAAGGUCGUUAAGGAGCGUGAAAGGGUGUAGGGUACGCGUAUCAUAUUCAUAUAUAGCAGAUAUAUUUAAUUCUCAAAUUUUAAUGAUGUUAGAAACGUAAAUAUCAUUACAUUUUAAAAGUUAUGAAUUGGGAUAAGUUUUUGCAAUAGCAGUUAGAAAUUAUCGCAAAGGAUCUACCAUUAUUAUCCUGAUAACAUUGGGUCAUUUACUCUAGUAAAUGUGCUAGGCUUACCAUAACACUAAAUAAACAAAGCAAUUUAAAUAAGUUUGGCUUUCUUAAAAACAAUUCUAUUAUUUUACGGAAAUCGAAUAAAUUUAAUGUGCAAAAAUUAAAUAAAUCUUGUUUUAUUUUAGUAUAUGUUUAAGUAUUGUUAUUAAAAAUUACUAUGUGUAAAAUAACAAUUAAAGAAUAUUUUUAAAACAUUUUAUCUAAAUUUGAACGUAAUAUAUUUUUUUAUCAAUAAAUUAUGAUCUAACAAUUAUUUUCAUUUGAUCAUAAUCAUUUAUCGAGAAAGCCCAAACAUCUGUUCGUUUUGAGUGCGAUAGUAAUAUUGCAAAGUUUCAUUAAAAUUAAUUUGAACUAAAUUUUUUCAAACAAUAACAAAUUAAAUUUUUUGAUUGAGCUCAAAUAAGGAAAAAUUAUAUUAAUUUCAAAAGAUUUAAACUUGCAAAGAAAAAGCUUUAAGUUUCUUUGAUUUAAUACUUGUGUGUGACAAAACUGACAAUGUAUUUUCCACUUUUUCCCCAAGUGAAAUUAAUAAAUAUAAUUCAUUGCUUUUUUAAUAGUUAAUAAAACACACCAAAUUUUAGCUUUGUAUUUUUACCAUUUAACAAGUUUUACUUAUUUUUCAUUCCAAUAAUAUAUCUUUAUCAAAUUUAUAAAGUAAUAAUAACUUAACUUUUAAAAAGAAAUUUUAACAAGAAAAUACCAGCGAAAUUUCUUGCCAAAUAGCACUCACUAAAUCACUUAUCACUCAUCCAAACGAGAACAAUUAUAUGAAGUUACAAUUGGUUUAUUUUGAUAUCAAUAUUUCAAAACCUAAUUGUGUGACAUAUUUUAAUGUUAGUAUAAUCUUUAAUGUUAAACUAAAUAACCAUAUUUCAAUAUACCAUACAAAAUUAUGUGGAGAAAUAUAUACAUUUUUAUUAGAAAAUAUAAAGCAUUGUGUGGUAAAAGGGAUCUGGGACUUAAGAAUUUUAAAUUACGCUAAGUUUAGAGACAUGCAAAAAGAUGUGGUAGCGUACCAAUGGAGCUACCAUCUAGUGGAUGAUUUUAUUUUUUUUUUUUUAAUUAAAAACUGGGUGGGGGUUUGUUUUGAAUAAAAACUUUUAUUUUGCCCCAGGUGGCACAAGAUAAACCUCAGAAUAAUGGAAUGAAUUGGAUAAAUAAUUAACCUUGUAAGGAACAUAUAUCGAGGGUAGGAAAUAAGGAUGUGUAAAUUUUUAUGUGGAAUACAAUAUAUUUAGAGCCAAUAAUAUUACAGUCAUUUAAAAAGAGAUGCUACAUUUACAAAUAAAUAUAUGUUUACCAAUUACGAAAAUAUAUUUCAAUGGCAUUGACAAAACGUGGGUACAUUUAUAUAAGUAUUGCCAUACCUAAAAUAGCAAUAUCAAAAUCCAAUAAUUUUUAAAAACACUCAAAGCUGUUACAAGUGAUUAAGAGUUUCUUCUUUACAUAAAAGCAUUCUUUGUUUUGCGAUUUUACUAUUAAAAAUAAAGGUAGAAAUGUUUAAAUUUUUGAUGAAGAUAAUAUAUAAUAUAUAAAAUUCUGUUGUUGUAAAAUAUAUUUAAAAUGGUAUAUAGAUUUUUUCGUUGUAAAUUAAGGGUGAUGUUUUACAAUUUUAAGAGAAAAAAAUGUAGUUCAAGGGCGCAAUUAAGAUGUAGGGUAGGCAAAUAUUAUAUAGCAGAUAAAUAUUUUUCAAAUCAAAAUGGAAUUUUGUUAAGUAAUUACAGUAGUAGGUAGAAUUUUUUUUUUUUAAAGUAAUUCUUAAUCAUUUUUCUAUCAACUUUAUUUAAUCAAUUUGUUUAUAAAUUAUAUAUAUAUUUUUUGUGACAUAUUUAGUAUUUAAACAAAGAUAUGGUGGUUGCCAAGACUUCAAUUUUUAGAUAAAGGGCAUAUUAGGUUAUUUUCUAGCUGUUAGUUUGGUAGAUUGCAAACGGCAGUGGUGCAAUGCAUUGCAUGUUUUCCUGUUUAUAAAAGUGUAAGUUUGUACACAAAGAUUAAUUUGAUAAAAAUUUUAUGUGCAUUUAAAUCACUUGUGCAUCAUGCUCUGCCUUAAUUAUAUAGAUAGAAGAUGAUGUGAAUUAAAACGAUGCAUAUUUAUUUAUUUAUUUGGUGUGGGUGGAGAUAGAAAGUUGCUUUAGUAGAUAAAAUUUAAUGAAGUUUGUGAUUAAGGGCCUCUUGGCUGUGCCCAUGGUCAUAAGUAGGAUAUGACUGAAUAAUUACAUGUACGCAUCACCAUAAGUGUUAGGGGUGUGGGCCAGCUGGAGAUUGCUUAGGACAAUUUUACACAUUUAAUCACCUUUUUCAGAUGAUACAAAGCUUCAUUUUUUUUACCAAAUUAUGCAAUUUUAUAACAAACUCUCUCUGAAAGUCUCUGUAUAUGAAUUUCUUGGAAACUAUGUUAUUAUAUUCUAUCAUACACCCAGUUAUAAUUUAUUUAACUUAUUUUCAAUCCAUUAAACCCAAAUAGUAGCUUGGUGAAAAAAAAAAAUUUCGACAUUAAAUUACAAUACUUAUAACAACCGGUAUACAAUUUUAAAAGCACACAAAUAUUUUUCAUAAAAAUAAUAAGUAGUGAUUGAUAAAUAAUUAGUAUCAGCCAAUUUUUAUAUGUGCAAGUACGUCCUUGUUUUAAGUCAAUAAACAAGAUUUAAUUAAGAUUUAUCAAAGACUUUUUAAGCAAAUUUUACAUGAAUGAUUAUAUUUAUUAACCAUUUUGAAUACAAUAAAGCCGCAAAAUACAAAUUGAAAAGAAAAAUGAACCAAACCUAUACUAUAAAAAAAACUUAAGACAUUGAUACACACUAAUGCAUGUAUGUGUUGGAUCAUUGUACGAUUUUAAUUAAUUAAAAUUUUGAAUUUAAGAAAAGUAAAAAUACAUAAAGCUUUCAAACCUAAAUAAAAUCACAAUUUUCGUGAGAAACAUUUAUGAGGUACAAUAAGUCACCCACACAAUAAACAAGAUUUAAUUAAGAUUUAUCAAAGAUUUUUUUUUUUUUUUUUUUUUUAAAUUUUAUAUGUUGAGGAGGAAAACAAAAGAUUUAUUUUUGAAAAGCUGGAUAAUCCAAAAAAAUUUUUAUCCAAAAGUGCUGUAGGAAAAUUUUUUUUUUUUUUUUUUUUGUUUUUUGAAUUUUUUUUUUAAAUUUUUUUUUUUUUUUUUUUUUUUAAAUGUUAUAUGUUGAGGAGGACAACAAAAGCUUUAUUUUUGGAAAGCUGGAUAAUCCCAAAGAAUUUUUAUCCAAAAGUGCUGUAGGAAAAUUUGUUUGUGAUUUUAUUCAGAGUGACAUUGUCUCCAGUAGAUCGAAGUACAGAGAGCCACAAGCAUAGACUACACUCGAUACCACAUUGUGACAAGGCUUAUGCUGUUCUAUACCCUGGUUCUGAAAACUUAGAUUACACCUUGCUUGAUGCACGCAAGAAUCGCAGAGAAAAUAGUUAUAUUGAUAGCUAUGAAAAAUAUAAAAAAGUGAAUGGGAACUUUCAUUUUGAAGCUUUUCAAGCAUCUAAAGUUAAUGACUGCUAAAACUAUAUUCGGCUUGUUAGAAUGCAAGUAUUUUUUUGUCCAUUUAGUUGAUCUGUGCAUCAAGUGCCCCACGCCCAUAUGCACUGAUAGAGCUGUAUUGAUAGAUGUAAUUGAUGUUUAAUCCGCCAUGACUUUGUUCUUUAAUCCAGGGUUAGAAAAUUAAAAUCAACUUAAGAUGAAGGUCCAUGUAGCAGUUUUUACCUUUUUUCUUAUUCAGUUUGAGCAAAUUCGUCAUAGGUUCUAAUGAAAAUUGUAAUGUGACGGUGAUAUAUUUUUAAGUGGAGAAGGCCUCCUUAAAAUCUCUAGUCUUAUUCUUGUUCCCAGGCAAGAUAUGGAACAAGAGGAUGAAAAUGUGGAGUCCUAUCCUUUAAGACAAACCUAUCGCCCAAAGAAGACAAACUUACCAAUGCCUCCCAAACCUAAACCCUGCCCAUCAUCACUGGAAGGUGUUAAGAGAGACCAUGUCUAUAAGAUACUUCAUCCCUAUUCAGAAUACUGAAGUUUUUUUCCCAAAACCUGUCUUAGCCUUUUAAUAAAACUGAAUUGUCUGCCUCUUUUGACUUUAAAAAAUUCAAACAUAUUUCUUACCUGCUUUAUGCUGCUGAAUUAAAGUGCAUUGAAAACAAUUGAUUUUUUAAAAUUCUGAUAUCAUUUUAUGGGCUGAAACUUAUUUGAAGUUUUAUUCCUUUUUGGAGUCAAGGUACUUUUCCUUUCAAAGCCAUAUUGUUAUUGAAUCAGUAUUAUUAUACAAAUUUUCAAUUUCAUUUUAAAUUGUUUGAACAGUAUUUGAACAUUUAAUCUUUUU